CUUUUGAUUCUCUCCACAAAAGGAAAAGAAAAGAAUUACAUCUUUCCUUUUUUUCUCCUUCUUUAUUCCCUUAUUCUUUCCUGGCUAGCUAUAAUUGUAGUUGGAAGCUGUGGGUAAAUUCAGUUCGAUCCAAGGAAAUGGGGGUUUCAGGGAAGCCAAAAGUGGAUGAGGGUCUAGAUUCACAAGGCCAAAAAUGGGUUUUAGCUGUGAUUUCUAUACGAGCUCCAUUGAAGCCUAUAUACACGAGUGGUCCAUUGAAGACAAAUAAUGAUGAACAAGGUGACGACUCAUGUUCCACCACUCCAACGGGUGAAGGUGCCAAAAUUCAAACCUCUUUGACGUGUCCGCCUGCUCCUAGGAAGCCAAAGCCUUCUUUGAAGUGUAGCUAUGGAAGAAGUGUUAGAGAGUUCUUCACUCCUCCCGAUUUGGAGAAUGCCUUUAUAUGCCAUGUCGAAAGGGAAAGCUCUAGUUAACGACUAAUUCAUCAACCCCAAGUUUGUAGGAGCUUUAAUUGCCUCCCCACCUCUUGUCAUCUGCUUAUCAACUUUUCUUACUCUUUUAGUUUUCCUUUUUCUCUUUAAUUCCAUCUGUUUUAGGGUGUUUUAUAGUGAUGAUCGUCAGAAGUUUAUGUACAUGGGACUUUAUAAAUUAAUAACAUUGAUGGAAA